AACUCCUGACUUUGUGAUCCAUCCGCCUCAGCCUCCCAACGUGGGAUUACCGCUGUGAGCCACUGCACGCAUCUGGAUUAGUGCUUUUUAAGAACUGAAAGAUCACUGAAGAAGAGGAGCAUAACUGAGGAGCAGUAUGGCACUAGAUAGGGUCUGAGAGUUACACAGCGACAUGUGGAGCCUGUAGCCCAUGGUAAAACCCUUUUCUACUCUUCUGGUGAUUUAAGGCCAUAGUAAAAUUUUGAGCAUGUGAGUAGGUAUCAAAAUGGGAUUUGUAUUUUUAUGAGAUUACUCUGGCUGUUGAGAGGAGAAAAAGACAUGAAUCUGGGAGGCCACCUGGGAAGGUAUUGCAAUAGCUCAGAUGAGAGAUGGUGGUAGCUUGGACCCUCAGUGGAGAUGGUAAAAAGUGGUUGGGUCAGAUAUACUGUUUGGUGGUAGAAUGAAUAGAAUUUGCUCAGUACUGUAGGAUGCGAGAGAGGAGUUAAUUAGAGCACUGUGAUUUUUGACCUGAGCACUUGGUUGAGUUGUGGAGUUGGGAGUUGGGUGAGUUGCAGAGUGGGAAAUACUAGGAGAGGAGCAAAUUUCAAAGGAGGAAAUGAAGAGUUCUGCUCUGGAUGUGUUAAGUUUGAGCUGUCAAACAUUCAGGGAUGUGAAAGGGACAGUUGGAUAUAUGAUACGAAGUUCAGGAGUCAUCGAUGAAUAAAUAGUAUUAAAAACUCUGGCUCUGACUGAGAUAGCUUAGGCCAUGACUGUACAGUCCUGAACAUACCAAAGUUUAGUGGUACAGAAGAGAAGGCAGGUGAAGCAAAAUAGAUGAAGAAAGAGUGGCCAGUGUUACAUUCUGUUCAAAGCCAAGUGAAGAAAGGAGUGAAGAAGUAUGAAAAGAGUUCUUCAACAUCUUCAAAUAAAGAAAUGGUUUUGAAGAAUGAUCAGAAUAAUGGAGAUAUGAAACCAGUCCAGAAUUUCGCAACAAUACCACUCACACAGGCUUUCAACUACAAUCUGAGCAAAGAAGGGCAUUUAGAAAAAGAACCUUGGAAUGCAUUCAGCCAUCAUGGCCCAGUUAACGUCUCCAUCGAUGGAAUGCCUUGCAUUCUCUUCUGGGCCAAAAGAAUCACGAUUAAAUUUAAGAAUCAAACCUGGCUGGACCUUACAGGCGAGGCAUUUGGUCAGAAGGCAACAGUGGACCCUGACAACUCAAAUUGCAGUGAAGAAAGUGCUAGGUUGUCUUUGAAGCUUGGUGAUGCUGAAAACCCCAGAAGUCUUGCUAUAAGAUUCAUCCUUACCAAUUACAACAAGUUGUCCAUCCAGAGUUGGUUUAGUUUGCGCCAAGUCGAGAUCGUUUCCAACAAUUCAAUCCAAGCGGUCUUUAACCCAGCUGGCAUAUAUGCUCCGUCCGGUUACUCCUACCGCUGCCAACGCGUGGGCAGCCUGCAGCGGGACCAUGCCCUCUUGCUGCCCAGCGACACGGAUGAUGGGUCGAGCCUGUGGGAGGUCACUUUUAUUGAUUUCCAGAUCCAAGGUUUUGCCAUUAAGGGGGGACGAUUUACCAAGGCCCGAGACUGCGCCUCCUCCUCCUCACCUGCUAUUCUGAUCGGCCUGGCAACAUCCCUGAUCCUGCUGCUGGUGUUGGCCUAUGCCCUGAACAUGCUCAUCUACCUGCGGUAUCUCGACCGGCACUAUGAUCUCAUUGCCUCUCCUGCCCACUUCCCACAGCUGAAAGCUCGAGACACCGCCAAAGAUAAGGAACUGCUGAGGAGCCAGGAGGCUGAAUGCUAUGAACUGAGAAGGCAGCAGCUCAGCAAAACAUAUGCUUAGCAGCACAGGCUGCCCCUACCACAUCCACAGUGGGCUCCGAAAAUGGUUUCUGUUCUGUGCUAUUUGACUUGUGAAUUAAAGAUUUUCACCAAAUGUCUUGAUUACAAAAACAAACAAACAAAAAAUAAAAAGGAAAUACACAAUGAAUUCUUUUUGAGCCAUACUCUGGCCUACUUAGGUAGACUUGGGCCAAUGAAAAAGGCCUCUCAGGGGUUCCACAGAGACAAAUAUGGCUGUUAGUUGCCUCAAAGUACCCCAAAAGCAAAGGAGUAUUUCAAGUAGGGAAA